GUGAAUAAGGUACCUAGUAGUAACUAGUAAAGAGAUGUAUUCCACUAUAUGCCUAUUCAAUGAAACCUAAUUCCUAUAACUAAGGUAAAAGAGUAUAAGACUCUCGUGCUAACUGGAAGGUUCAGUCCGGCUGUUGCUUCUACCUCAGGAACAGGGUACCAAGAUACAUGCGUCAGUAUUGUACUUCGUACCUAGGUACCGACCAAGCAGAAUUGACGUAAAGGUAAUCGGACCGGUAUUUCUUCGGCAAAUCUUUAACCAGAACCCGUCUCGGCCUCGAAAUUGGAACCUAGCUCACUUCAACAACCCAAGCGACAACAUCCCGAGUAGACCUCUCUCCUCUCCGAAAAAAAAUUAGCCACAAUGGCCUCCAAAGCAGUCGCCAAAGCUGCAAGCAGCGCUGCAGGCGGCGUAGUGAGCAUCACCCAAAAGCAAACCCUCCAAUCCGUCGGUAUAUGGGAGCGCAUCCGGCGCGCGCUAGCCGUGGACCCGAACCGGUCGAACGGCAUCCCGCUGAACCCGUACUACCGCAACCCGCCGCCGGGCGCGCUGGACCCGGCGACCUACGACGACCCGGUGACGAUCCCCGCGGGCGACAUCGCCGACAACGCGUACUGGCGCCGGGACGCGCGGCGCGCGUACCCGAAGCUGAGCUUCGUGACCCAGGCGGACGCUGUGGCCCUGCUGGCCGUGGGCAGCGCCGCCGCCCCCAGGCAGGAGCUCGUCGGCGAGGCGGGCGAGAAGCAGCUCGUGGCCGCGCGCGAGGAGGGGAGCGCCGGCGGGCUCGCCGCGUAUUUCGAGAAGAGCAAGGCCGCCGCCGUCGCUGCCGCCAAGGAGACGCUGUUUGUGAACGGGCUGCCCCCGGUGCCGAGCGGGGAGAGGAGGGAGAGCGACGGUACCUGGAAGGUACAUGACUACGCGCUGACGGAGAGCUCGUACCCCGAAAAAUACCCUUGCCGAAGUUUCAAAUAGACUUAGACAUGUCAUGCCAUAUACGAUGGCUCUGGUUGUAAAUAAAUAUGAGAAAAGCCAGCUCUUAAUAUCAGGUUCUCUUUGCAGUUACAGGUACCUAGCAGAUUCUUCAGCGGUGAUGAUGAUUUCGAGAUGAAGAUUGU